AUGACGUUGUCGAAUUCGGUUUAUCUUCAAAUGAUGCAAUCGGUGAAGGAGAAAACAAUCAAGCGGGAGUUUGAAAUGAAGGAGGAGGACGUCGUCAAUGACGAUGCAUUUAUCGGUGGCACUUACCACCUGGGUAGAAACGGUUUGAAAGAGAAGGUGUUGAAGGGUAUUUCAGAUGAAGAAGUCUACAAAUUGCAAUUCGAUUGCAUAGAUGAGGCUAAAACAUUUUACAACAUGUUAGCAAAAGUAGCCGGAUUUAGUAUUCGAAAAGAUGAUUUGAAGCGAGACAAGAAUGGAGAUAUAAUAUCUCGAAAGUGGGUGUGUUCUAGAGAAGGACAGUGA